UGCAAUGUCAGCCUGUGACCUAUCCCUAGGUCCACUGUGAGAGAUUGGUUAUAUGUGAUUCUUUCAUUCCUUCCAUUCGUCUGUCCGUCACUUGGAAACUGAAGAUGUCGAUGGAUACUCACACCAUCCGGGCUGUUGUGGCCGUCUUCAACUGUCUCCAACUUUUGGGUUUGACUCUUUUACUGGUCGUCCUAAUGCCUGCCUUGUUCUCCGCUCGUGUGCGCAGGAUGAGAACUUGGCAUACGAUGAUUAUUUCCGGCAUUGUAUAUGACCUCUGUUACAUGCUCCUGAUGAUUCCUGGCCAGCAAUUUGGACCACCACCCUCCUUUGCUCUUUGCCUCUUCCAAUCCUGUUUGAUCUAUGGCGCCCCUGUUUUGCUUGUAUCUUUCUGUCUAGCAUUUUUGGUUGAGGUACGCUUGUCGUUCCGUAAAUCUUACCACUUAGUACAUGCGCUGACUUCACGGUGGUACAAGGUCUUUCUUGCUUUGUCCUACGCAAUCUAUGGGAGGUCAUUGGCAUUAUCAGCUCGAACACAGACAUUGCUGCUGCUGGCAGUUCCUUCGUUUAUCUAUAUGGUGGUUUUCUUCACGACUCUCUUGAUCGGUCUUCAACAACGGGAGAGCAUCGAACUCGAUCAAUGGAGAUUAUAUUGUCAUUCAACAGCCACUUCGCCGACUCUUAUUACAGCCACCAUUGUCCUGGUCGAGACAUCAAUUAUGAUUAUUUUAGAAGUGUUCAUGGCAGUCAUCUUGUGGAAAACUAGAAGAAGACUGGGGUCAACCGGCACCGAUGACAAUCUCUCUUCGAUCUUCCCUCCAAGCCUCUUCUUCCGUUUCUUAGCCUUUGCCAUAUACGUCAUUUGUACUAUUGUAAUUAGUGCUUCUAUCCUUCCUUAUCCAACCGGAAACUCGCCCUUUUGGAAGAUGUCUUUGACCACGCCUCCAAUUGGAAUGGCAUUGUCGUUCGGGAUACAAAAGGACAUAAUAGCGUUUUAUUGGCACCGUCAAAGUGAUCGUGUCGAAGGAGACAGGUUAAUCUGACAUUUUUAUCCGGGGCGUCAAGAAAGCUCCGUCAUAGUGGUUCUGCAGGUUGGGACACCUACCAACACUGAUUCUGAUUUGGGUAUUCGUUUGUCUUUAGAGUAACAUGCUGGACAUGUCGAUUUCACAGUCGCAUUAUC